UCGGAGCUCAACAGCUGAUGAUAAAGAUGCCGGUAAGCUGUGGCGGGGAACGUCUUCUCGUUUGGCCGUGUCUCGUACUACAACCGUGUCGCCCCUACCGGUUACGUUAUCUUAGACGGUAGACAGUAAGAAGAAAUGCUCCGGAGGUCGAUCUUUGGGGAUGGUUGGAAUGGAAAUGAAUAAAACGAAAACUAGUCAAUCAGUGGAACCGGCUCGAGAAACAUGCACAUAGUCCGCGUUGUGUGUUGGUACUGAAAAACACACCGAUGGCGGCAAUCUGAUGGUGCUGUAGUUCAAAUCAAUUGUCGCAUUCGUACGAUCGAAGUGUCCAAACAAAGUGUGUCGUGCUGUGCGUGAAUACGAGGCCAUCCCGUUCGGUUAUCAUCACGUCUAGCGUUCCCCACAAGGCCCCCGAACGCUAGCACACGUUCCAAUGUUCUGUUGUUUAUCGUGCUGUUGAUUUUGAUAAUUAUCGAACCAAAUUUGUCGCGCGUAGUCAAAAGCAAGAAAAGAAAAAAAACACGACAAGAGCCCACUGAUCACGCGGGCAACGGUCAAAACGAAUUCCAGUGGACGAUCUCUGUGAAGAGCAGUUGGGUGGGUUUAUUUUUCUUUGGCUUACGUUUUCUUCACCACUAGUGUAUUGGAAUUUCACGAUCGGGGCUGGUUGCAAAUUGGCGACACUUGUACAGUGCGCUGUAUAAAGGUGAAAGCAUUCCUUCUGCAUUGGACGAACUUCGGCUCUAAACAAUUACCAACGAAGCAAACACACAGCUUGAGCAAAUGUUGCGAUUCAGCGGAUCGAACUGGUUCACUAAGCCACACUCCCGGCGGAAGAGCGGGAAAAAAGUGAAGGUAACCUUCUCGGACCAGCUCGAUACGGUCAGUUCCGGCAGCAGCAGCAGUAUACCGAACACACCGAGCCCCUCAGUGUCCGGUCAGCAUCGGUGGCGCUAUCUGGAGCAAAUCUUCGUUCCAUCCGCUGGCAGUAGCAAUAGCGGAUCGGGAGGAAACCGAUCUACGUCAGAGUUUGAUCGUGCUAGUAGCUUUCGUCAGAGUAACACGAGUUUCGGAUCGGUUAGUAGCAGUGGGCCGUACAAUAGACGGGCACCGCCACAGCGAAAAGUAGGACAGAAGAUGGCCGACUGCGAGAAGGAGGAAGCCCUAAAUCUGCAGGUGGAAUUCGAGUGGGUACUGCACGAGGAGGUACAUUCGGUGCUGAAGCAACUGCACGUUAUUCUGGUGGAGUGUGCCCACCGAUUUCCGGUUCCGCUGUACGGUAACGAGGGCAAGAAGCAGGACAAGUUUGUGCUUACAGCCGCACCGGAACAGCUAAAGUGUAUCGUCACGCUAACCGGGGACAGCAUAACACAUGCGGACAUAAACUUUAAGGUACAGCGCCAACAACAACAAAUUCAGCGUACCUCCAUCACCCAGGACUAUCCAUGGAAGAUACAGCAAGUGCAGGAUGCAGCCAACCAUCUGCAGCAAGCGAUCAACCACAUCGACAACGUCGACAGUGCUUAUCAUUUCAAAACAUCCGACGAGGUGUUGCACAUACUGGGCAACAUUUUGGGAGCGCUGCAGCGUGGCCGUACCUCGCUGGUAGUGCCACGCAAGAAGCCAAUCGAUGAGCUAAUGAAGAGCCGAAACAUGAAAGCACUGUCACCGAAUUUGCCCGAGGAUCUGGCGAUCAGUUUCUACAUACAGAGCCACAAGCUCAUCUUCGUUGCCUAUCAGCUGACGAACUUUCAGGGCACGAUGAAGUUUGAUUCCUGCCAGGCGGAAUGUUCCGUACCGUGGUUAAACGAGGUGCUGGUGCUGUUUACCGUUGCGUUACAACUGUGCCAGCAGCUGAAGGAUAAGAUAUCAGUAUUCUCACAGUAUAAGGACUUCACAGUUGGUUCCCGUUCGCCUUCCGCUCUGUCCUACUGAUGCCGCGUUCACUCAACUAACGGUUGCAUACCAUGUCCAUCGUAGACAUAGCAAAACCGUCCUUCGUUUGUUCGUCGUGUUCAUGGUGUGUUAAGCAGCUAAGAUGGCAAAUUGAUAGCAGGAUAUGGUAACAACCGUUCUUCUUAAAGACUCGCGGAAAUAUUCAUCCCCCCCGCUAUCGGACCCCCGUUUCUCUGCCGAGUACUCGUGUUUGUUGAUGCGCUGAUACUUGAUGUUUGUUAUUAUCCCAAGCGCUACCCGUUGUUAUUGCAUUAGAUUAAGCAGAUACGAAGCUAGCAUCAUCGUAUUACGGCUACACCGGUGUAUAAUCCGCAUCAUUACACCCACUGUUUAACUGUGACGCUCGCUCACCACGAAAUGCGAUUCCUUGUGCCAUGAUUUUGCGAAUAGCGACCCGUUCGAUGGAGGAAUAACUUUUGCUGAUUGGCCCGUUAUGGGUGUGUUCGACGAUGGGAGUUUGAGAAAUCGGUUCAGUACCGUGUGUUGUACCGGUAUUGCCAGAAAAAGGGGGUGGUUCCGCUAACAAAAAAAAAUGUGAUUGGCAUCCCAUCGGUUACUGUAGCCUGGUAAAGAAACGCAAAACCAUACAAAAUCCAUUCCUACUAACAUGGACCUUUAGAAGACGUAUCUGUACUUAUGUAUAUGGCAGGAAAUAUUGAAAGGUGUAAAAUUAAGCAAAACAAAAAAAAAGAAA